UUGUGUUUUUAGGCUCCAUUUUAUCACUGAGCAUUAGCUCUACUUCAGUUGAAUAUGUUGAAGGAGUUCCAAACCAAGUAACAUGUGAAGCUUCUUAUACUUGCUCCAGCAAUGCACCAGUUCUCGAAUGGACCUACUCUAACAUGCCAGUUACCAGAGAUAUUAAAACUUUGGGGAGUUUGCAGAAAACUGUUUCCACACUGACAUUUACAGCAUCAGCUAAAGACAAUGGAAAUGAUCUGACAUGUUCUGCAAACUUUCCUGGAGGAGAGACUCAGCAGAAGAGCCUCACCAUACGGGUAAAACGAAACAUGCUCAAUCUGGGCUGGUCUUUCACUACUCCAGGAAGCGUAACGGGAAUGAAAGGAUCAUGUAUCAUCAUUCCUUGCAAGUUUUCCUACAGCAAAGCCCAACCGAGUGGCCUCCAAGUUGUCUGGUACUUGUACCAAAGUAAUGGACGCGCAGACGUAUUCAACCAAAGACAAUCAAAUAUUUUAAGCAGAUAUAAUGGGAUAACACAUUUGACUGGCUCUGUGUCAGACCGCAAUUGUAGUCUUAAAAUAGACCGGCUGGAUAUGUCUCACAAUGAGGAUAAACUCUAUCCAUGGGUUGAUAUCAACCCAAUUACCUCCUACCACUCACAGGGACAUUCGUUUUUGGAUAGAAGCACCAAAAUUAUGGUUUCAGACCAGGCACAAGAACCCCAAAUGAGCAUCAUUGAUGUUCCUAAGGUGGGAGCUCAAAGCAGGGUUACCUGUAAAGUGAAAUAUACAUGUUCUUCUGCUCCUCCUGCCCUGUCUCUGAAUGGCAUUCCUGGAACAGACCGCACCAUUGACUCCUUGUUGUCAGACGGCAUUUGGGAAAGAACAAUAGAACGAACUUGGAAUGUAGAAGAAGACCACAAGAAGGUGGAGUGCACUGUGAGAUAUCCUGGUGGACAAAGUGCCAAAAGUGAGCUCCUCCUGCAUGUUGAAUGUCCAUUUGAAACAAUCAAAAUGGUUGAACCUCCAGGAGAGCUAAUAGAAGGAGUGGCAAAGAGUGUAAUUUGUUCUGUGUCCUACAAAUGCAAGACAAAUACACCAACAAUUGAGUGGAACUUUUCAGACAUGCUGCAUUUACAAAAGCUCAAAAAAAUAUCCAGUAAUACGUAUACCACUGAGUCCAAUCUUACGUUUAUUGGUUCCCUUGAAGACAAUGGAAAACCUUUGACCUGCAUUGCACAUUUUCUGACUGGAGAAACAUCAAACUCCUCACUUCUUCAGAUAAAAAAAUAUGUACCAGUUGAAGAAGAACUGAACGAGAAAGAUACUUUCCGCGUCCUGGCUGCUGACGUCCCUGGCAGAUUCAAUGCCUUGACUCGGUCCUGUGUGGUCAUCCCCUGCAGUUUCCAGGAUGACGAGGAUCAGCCCCUGACUCGUGGCAUCUGGUACAAAAAAACUGGGGGUCUGGUGUACCACAAUGCCCGCAGUAAUGUUUUGGACAACUUCAAGGAUCGGACCAAAAUUCUGGGAAACCUGGAUGAAGGAGACUGCUCUUUGGAGAUUGACGACAUAAAACCCUUUGACAACGGCCCUUUCUGUUUCUAUGGAGAGAAAGGAACAAAAAAAUACAGAUUUAACAACAGCUGCGUUUUUAUCGUCAUGAAAGCUUCUCCAGAGAAACCAGUGAUGAGUUUAGUUCCAGCUCAAGUGAAUGCUGGUUCAACUGUAAAUGUCUCCUGUUCUGUCAGUCACUCAUGCUCAUCACAUCCUCCAAAGUUUUCAUGGAGUGUCCCUUACGUCAACAACGAGGUUUCAGACACUGAGAUGUCACGAGGUGUCUGGAAGACGACGUCCACCAUCACGUUUGUGGUUGCUGGAGGAGAUGGACAGAGAAACCUGAACUGUACCGCCAUCUUCUGGCGUGGAAAGAAUGAAACCAGGACUUUCAAAUUAAUUGUAGAGGGAACUACAGUGUACCAGAUGCAGAAAGCUAUCCCUGUGGUUAUUCCUGUUGUCAUCUUAGUGCUGAUCCUCUUUGCUGUGCUGCUUGGCAUAUUCUUCUACAGGAAAAGAAAGCACACCGAUGGCCCUCUGACGCCUCCGCCAAGACCAGAGAAAAGGAAUUCAGUUUGGAGAAGGUUUUCUCGACAAUCAGAGGACGGUCAAGUCGGCUGGCAGAUCACCAGAAACUCUUUCUGGAAUAGAUUUUCAAGACGCCCAAACAACUCGACUGACCUCAGAGUCAGUUAUUUAAAUAAUGCAGAAGUGUUCGUCUGUGAGAAAAAAUCAACAAGCAGUAUUAUCCAUCACCAAAGAAUAACCAAAGACGACCUGCGCCGCCCACACCAGAGGAUGUUAACCUGUACGGCAACAUUUGAGUAAACAGUCUGAGGAUCGAUUUGGAUGCGCUUGCUCUUCUUCUGCUGCCAAGUUUCAGUUUAUAGUUCACAUUCAUAAUCAUGUUAUUCUCACUUCCUCUGCUUUUCAUUUCAAUUGUAGACUUUUACUUUUCAUUUCAGGAAGAAAUAAACAGUAAUGAACCACUAAUGCCUCAUUUCUCUAUUCUCUGCCAUGAAGAGAAUACAUGGCAGAGU